GAAAUUCGUUUUGUAGUUAUUUUUUUUGGUUUUUCUUCAACAGCUAAACUACUUUUAAUGCAUUUAUAUAUUUUUUUUAUUUUACUCGUGGCAUUGCCAUUCAAACUGGCCAAUGCAUAUUUUUAUUGUGGUGCAGAAAAUGAGAAGAAAUUAUGUAAAACAAAGAAGCAUAUUAUCUGCCAUCCUGACACCUUGGUAGGUAUGGAUGUGUCUAAGUCCUCUCGAAGGUGAAGUGAAAGCUUUCGCUCCUAUGACAAACAAAUUGAAACGUAUGUUUCUUGAUCACCACAAUGAGUAUCGCAACAAACUGGCUGGAGGGCAGCAGGAAUUCAAGGGAGGUGGAAAAUUUCCUAUUGCCACUCGCAUGCGGGAAGUUCUGUGGGAUGACGAAUUGGCUUAUAUAGCUGGAGAGCAUGCAAAACGCUGCCAUAUGGCGCACGAUGAAUGUCGUUCCACCGAAAGAUUUCCAAGCGCCGGACAAAAUCUUCACUCAAGAUAUCGUGAUGAUGAGAGGUACACUAAUGUGCCUGACGUAGUGCUCAGCGCUGUGAAUGAUUGGUGGGGUGAAUAUAGUCUUGUGGAGGAUGGCAAUAAAAUAACAGAAGAAUUUCCUGGAGGUGUGACAGACUGGCACAAAAUCGGUCAUUUCACGGCGAUGGCAAACGAACGCGCAGCAUUUGUUGGCUGUGGUGUGGCAUUUUGUGAUAACUGCACUAGGCGCAGGUAUUGCGUGAUUGUCAGCUGCAAUUACUCAAAGACAAAUGUGAUAAGAGCUUUUAUGUACAAAACAGGCGAUAAACCAGCAUCAGCAUGCGACUACUAUGAGACUACACCAAGCCAAAGAUAUCCGAAUCUCUGCAUAAAUAAUGGAAAAUUUUAUAACAAAGUCAGGUAGAAUUGCAGAUGUACAAAUGUUUUGCUAUCACAUCAAUAGAAUAUGUUUGUGAAAUUGUUUGUAUGAAGAUUAAAACGAAAAAGAGAAAU